UUUGAUUUGAAAUCAUCUUUUAUAGGUUAGACUGCUUCAUUGCAUAAAUUCAUUAGAAAUUAUAAAAUGGCUUUUCUAUCGCGAUCGAUAAUAUUGCAUUUAGUUUUAAUAUAUUUUCUAAAUUUGUCAUCAGCGCUCUAUGAAGAUCAAGUAGGAAAAUUUGACUGGAAAAGGUCUUUCAUAGGAAAAGUAAAGUAUGCAGAACUGGAGUCAAAGAAAUUGAUUGUAGUUACUGAAGAAAAUAUCCUAGCGGCUUUAAACGUGAAGAAUGGUGAAAUAAUGUGGAGGCAACUACUGGAAAAUCCCAGUGACCAUGACGUGAAAUUGUUACACAUAGACAGAGAUGUAUUCACAAUUUCUGGAUCUCUUAAUAAUUGGAUUGUUCGUACGUGGGACAUUAACAGCGGAACUCUGCUAACAGAAAGGGCAUUGGUUACUGAAAAAUUACCCCCAUUUGAAUUUCUCGUUCUCGAUGGAAAACUUAUCCAUGCUGUACCCAUAGUUGGAUCUUAUUUAGAAAUAUCUUCAUAUCAUUUGCUGAGUGGCGAUCCCACUGGAAAAACCGUCAAGAUACCUGCACCUUGGAUCACAGAUCUCUCAAACUGUGUGAUUACAAGAACAUACUAUGUGUGUAUUUUAAAUAAUGAUUAUUCAGGACAAAUAUAUUACGUUGAUUUCAUUUCGAAGGACAGAAAAGUUCACUCAAAGCCCAUUCAAAGUUUAGUGAAUGCAGCAGUGGAUAAGGUAAAAAUAUCUGCUCUCACGUCUAAGACACCAGCUUUCAUUUUGGAUACAAAUGAUGGCAGUAAGCUAAUACACAUUGAGAAGGAUGACCUCGUUGCCAAACCUUUCGAUAUUAUGAUCAACGCUGUUUGUGUAAGAAAUGAGGGUAAAUUGGUAGUUCAUCAACUAGAAGCCAGCGACAACCCCGGAAAAUUAAUCAAAGUUGUUUCUAAAGACUACUCGACUGGUGAAGAAUUGUCAGCAGUUGAUUUGGACUACCCUCUUGGACUGGGUGCUCCUGUAAUUGUUGCAAGCCUCAGCAAAGGUGCAGUAACCGAUCUCUUACUCAGUACAUCUGAUAAUGCUAUAGUAUUCAUGAAGUUACCCGAAGGUAAAGUCAAAUGGACUAGGGAGGAAGCCUUGAGUCACAUAGUAGCUACAGAGUUUUUGGAGUUGCCCGUUUCUGAAUUAGACGCAUCAAUAGAAAACGAGUUCAAAACCAGUUCAAACAAUGUUUUGAACAUGCUCGCCCACAGAUUGACAACUCAAGCGAAACAGUUAUCUAAUAUCAUCUUAGGAGGGCAACUCUUAUCUGGCAGCGGUUUAGUGAGGGACGAAUUUGGCUUGCAUAAGAUAAUAGUCGUUGCAACAAAGGCUGGCAAACUCUUCGCCAUUGAUACCCUGACAGGCUCUAUUGCUUGGACUUAUAGGCUGCCAAAUGUGAAACCGUUCACAACCUUGCAAGAAGAGAAAAUGUUAUUAUUCGUUCAGCGAACAGCUAGGUAUGCCCCCCUUCCAGCUCAGUGUAUUCUACUUGCUGAAGAUUCCACUACUGGAAACGGAAUUCUGUUUGAGUUUGACCCGAUAACAGGCUAUUCUCGAAACGGUAUUGUGCAACUAAAUCAGGGAAUAUCACAGGCUGUACUCCUACCGCAUGAAGAUGAAUACCAUAUCAAGCCCAUUUUGCUGGUCUCUCCCAGAAAUGAGGUGUCCAUUCACCCAUCAUCUGCAAAGUCGCUCAUCACUAAACACAUUACACAGACUUACAUUUACUUAGUUGACACAGUCGAGAACUCCUUGAAAGGCUUCAGCUUCCACCACAGCACUGGAAAUUCUCUUUUGUUAACUCCAACUUGGCAAGUCAGCCUUCCUUCGUCCAAAAUUGUAGCUAUUGGGGCGAAGCAUCCAAAUGAGAGAGUCCACUCUCAGGGAAGAGUUCUGCCAGAUCGAUCCGUUUAUUACAAGUAUGUCAACCCAAAUUUAGUGGCCAUCGCCACCUUAGCAGAUGAUCCUGUACACAAGCGUGUACUCAGCAUUUAUCUCAUAGAUGGCGUCAGUGGUUUAAUACUCUACUCCACUUCACAUAAAAGAGCGAAAGGGCCUGUGCAUCUCGUGCAUUCCGAGAACUGGUUGGUGUACUCUUAUUUCAGCGAGCGUUUCCGCAGGACUGAAGUUGUGGCUGCAGAACUUUACGAGGGUCACGUCCAGAGCAACAGCACCGUCUUCAGCUCUCACGCAGUUAGCCUCCUGCCGCAUAUUCAGACACAAAGCUACAUUUUGCCGGCUAACCCACUCAAACUGGCAGUAACAUUAACAGAAAGAGGUAUCACGAACAAAUUCCUAUUGAUGGCUUUAAGCGGAGGAUCAGUGAGCGAAAUUCCUUGGCUGCUGCUCCAACCAAGGUUCAAUGACAUUCCAUGCGGGCCGGAGGAGAGCUGUAUUCCGUACAUGCCUGAAAUUCCCCUUCCUGGUGAAGCAGUAAUAAAUUACAAUCAGUCGAUAGGGAGGAUUCGCGGUAUCGAAGUUGCUCCUGCUAGGUUGGAGAGUACAAGUCAUGUUUUAGUGCAUGGUUUGGACAUAUUUUAUACAAGAGUGGCACCCUCCAAGACUUUUGAUGUGUUGAAGGAGGAUUUUGACCACAUGAUGAUCGUUAUAGUGCUAACUGGACUUAUUGUCGGAUCUUAUGUUACGAAGUAUUUAGCCUCAAGAAAGACACUGAAGCAGUUGUGGAAGUAAUGGGUGUAAACAACUUUUUUGUUAUGUUUUUUAUAGUUUUAAUCAUAAUUUAAUGAAUUCCAUACAUUGUAAUAAUGUAUUACCUCAAUAAAAAUAGGGGCUGUGCUGCCCACCUUGGAACCAAUUCAA